AUGUCACCCACCUCGCCAACCUCGGCCGUGGGCUCGCCUGACCCCAUGCAGCAGGACCUCUCAUGGCUCUCGCGACUGUCUUCUCAGCCAGUAUUUGCCUCUGCCUCUGCCUCGUCCUCCACGCCUCGAGGGCAGACGAACAUGAUCACCAGAGGAUCGGACAUCAUUGUGCUCAUUGAUGGACAGCUUCGCAUGAUGAGUCUCAGCGCUGUCAAGAACGGCAAGGCUGGAGGGUCCGAUGACACUGCUCCGCCCCUGAGCAGCUACAAGACUCUCGCCAACCCAAUCCUAUCGGAAGCUCUAUCACCAUCGUCUGCUUCCAGACGAGUCGAGUUGACCCUGAACCACUCUCAGACGCUCCUAGCUAUCUCACAACCCGGCUCUCUCAUCGUUGUCAUCCUCCCAAGAAGCACCGCCCUCUCUUCGAGCUCGCCUACCAUCACGGUCAAGGCUCACAAGAUCGGCUCCUACUACCACAACAGUCGCUCUCCCAAACUCGAGCAGAUCACCUGCACAAAGUGGCAUCCUUGGAGCAAGAGAGCUACAUCGAUUCUAGUACUGCUUCGCAAUGGUAGCCUCUACGAAUACGACGUCGCUCGCGACCUAGCUGAGCCUCAACAAUCGAUACACCUUCUGCCUUUCGACAGCCGGCAUGCUUCGCCGAAGCUUGGGGUAGGAGGUCGCAGUCAUUUUGGUCAAUAUGACGACGAAGAUGAAGAUGAGCUGCAGGCAGUCAGCUUCACCUUGGGUCUUGGAGAUACGCCCUCCUCUGAGAGCGAAGAUGUGCACAGCUGCGUUGACUGGACACCCCUGACAAUCUAUGUACUGACGACAAGUGGAGAUGUAUGGGCGGCAGCACCUUUCCUGCCCCGCAAUGCUCGGGUCCCUGCUGCUUACCUGCAGGCACUGUCAGCAUGGACUCAGCAGUCCAACGACUGCAGCGGUCGCCAACGUGAAUAUGCUCUUCGCUUUGUAUCGAAUCUGCUCAAGCAAGCUCGGACAUACCAGGAGUCGAAAGCCGAUGAGCUCGCCGAUCGGAGAGAACCUGGCAGGCGAAGUCGAGCCACCACUCCAGCGGACAUUCUGUCUCGAGAUGACUCGGCCUUUGGUCGGCCGGGUAUGCGCAAGUCCACCUCGGCGAUGUCGAUGUCUCUAGACCCAGAAGGUGCGGCUGACGACGAAGGAGGAGACACACAGGAAGAUGGUCUGCUGCAGUAUGUCGAGCUCAAGGCUCCACAGACGCCCAUUGUGCCGGGUGCAAUCACUGCGCAAGGCCCCUUCCUACUGGCCCCGGCUCCUCACGAGCUCAACGAGUCGAGGGAGGGUCGAGGAAGUGACAUCAGCUUUGUGAGACUGCCUGCCUCGUCUGCGACGUCUGCAGGCGAGGGUGGCGCUGGUUUGGCUUUGGAGCUCCUGCUAUUGCUAGGUGAUGACGGGAGAGUCGAUGUUGGAGUAGUCAAUGUGGCAGGCAAGAUAGGUCCGAAAUGGACAGCGUCGCAUGCGAGGGACACAAGCUUUGCUUCGAGACUCAACAAGUCGAUACAGAGGAAGAAGGUCAAAGACGCCAAGUCGGGUCGGUACGCGCUUUCAGAGUCCUCGGAGGAAGAUGACGAUGAUGACGUGGACGGCGACAACACGGCUGAGAUGGACGCGAUGGAUCUUUCUCGCGACGCGAGCUCGGCCACUGGUGAGCUCCCGGUGCUAUUCAUCUAUGAGACGCUGGAUCUGGGCUUUCCUGGCAAAAAGCCCUCGCUUCAUCCACCGCCUCGCUUGGUGAGGGACCCUGUCUACAAAGAUACAAUCUACAUUCAGCACGCCUUUGGGGCCCACAUGCUCUGUCUUUCCUCAUGGUCAACGCCUCUGGCUCGACUGCUGAAGGAGGCGGAUGAAGAGGAACUUCGGCGCUUCCUACAUGUGUCAAAAGCCAGCGAAGUCCGUUGGAUCGUCAAGAUCCAGGAUGGACAGCAAGAGGGAGAGGCCGGACCCGCUCGCGACGGCGUCACUGCUGUCCAGGUAGUAGACGACAUCUACCUAGGCUACUCGCUGCUGGUCCUGCUGGGAGACGGAGACUGCUUCGGCCUCGAGAUGAGCCUACGCGCCACCUCGCAAGCUCCCUCCAUCAGCAGUUCCGCCGGACUUCUCACAGCAGUCCUCGCCCAGCCUUCUGCCGCCCUCCCCUCUGAUCAGCAAGGCAAAAAGCACUACACCUCUCUCCUCGGCUCAGAGCCCUUCGAGCCUCCUGCGCCCUUUGCCCACUCCACCUCGACCACCUUCCCAACCAUGCGUCUCAAGACGUCCAACCCUUCUGUCGCUCGAGGCGAGCUGCAAGUCACGCCCGAGACGCUCAGGCUGUUGGGGACAUCGGUACAGGACUUGAGAGGAAAGACGCGCGAGGUCGUUGGUGGAGGAAAUGUGAUCCAGCGGAGGCUGGAGCUACAGAUCAAGGAGCUGCAUCGGCAGGUGGGCAAGUUGAGCGAGGUGGAGAGGAGAGUCGAGGGCUUCUCCUCUUCCUCAAAGGGCACUGGGGCUGCUAUGGGUGCCGGUAGUCUUGGAGAAAGACUGGAGCGCGUCACCACUCGGCAGCGCUCCCUUAUCCAACGUGUAGAUCGGGUUCUUCAAGCCAGUAUGGACUCGGCGGACGUAGUAGGCAUCAGCAAGUACGAAGAGGUCUGGCUAAAGGAGAUGGGCGGGAUGGAGAAGGAGCUGGGUAGAGGACCGGGGGAGGGUCUGAAGGGCAGGGUGGACAAGCUACAAGCCCAACUAGCCCAACUAAAACCAGACCUCGCAUCCUAUCAAGACUCCCUCCAUCCCUCCUCCUCCUCUUCCACUUCCACUUCCAGCUCAGCUCCCUCCUUCUCUUCCUCACCCUCUUCAUCAGGGCUCGGCUCCCGCCAGCUAGAGCGUAUCCUGGCUGUUCUGGGUGAAGAGAGUGAGCGAUUACUCGAGGCGAGGGAGAAGGUGCAUCGUCUGAGUCGCGGGGUAGCUAGAAGUGGAGGGGUGGGUGGAGUAGGUGCUGGGAGUGUGAGAUAG